UCGGGGGAUUCUGAGAGGAAAUACCCCGGGGAGCUGCCAGUCGGGUUCACCCCACGGGUUGUUUCUUCUCAGCCCCGCCGUGGGCCCGGUUCUGGGGCUCUGAGGGGCGGGAAGGGCCGGGAAGAGCCCAGGGAGGGGGAGAUGGGGCUGGUCCUGGAGAUCCGGCCGAGCCCAGCCAGGGCUGUGGAGGCGCUGGAGGCUCCAGACCCGCCGCUGGUUGCUCUGGGCGGCUCUGGGCGGCCUUGGGAGACCGCGGUGGAGUUUGGCAGCUCCUGAGGGGAUCUGACAGCUCAGCAGGGCCUGUGCGGCCUCUUCCACAACGACGUUUCACCGAUUGAUGGCCAAAAAGCUUUUAUUGCCUCUUCACAUCCUAUAUUCCUGGUCAAAUCUAUCCGUUCCUCGCAAGCACUACCAGAACUGAGCCGCCUCCGCCUUUUUAUCUCAGAAAUCCUCCCACUCCUCAAAUCCUGGGGGCGGUUUGGGGCCCCUCACACCAAGAAAGGCCUUGAGGUGCUGGAGCGAGUGGAGAGAAGGGAACGGAGCUGCGUCCCUGAAAUGCUGCACUGACCUCCAGCCAUUUACCCUCCCGUCCGCCCGCCAUGGCCGCCCGCUUGGUGCGACGCUGCUGCUGGCGACACUUCGCCGCCUUCGUCUCCGCUCCCUCGGCCGCCACGGCCGCUCUGCUGGUGCCGCCCGGGAAGGUGCCGAUGCCCCGAGCUCUGCCCCAGGCGCCUCUCGCUUUAUUUCACACCUCAAGUCCUCCCGACUGGGCAGACGGAUUUUCGGUCAAGGAGCAGGUGGAUGACGGUAGAAACCCGGAGUACAAAGUGAUCGGGGAACUGAUCGAAACCGCCACGAGCCCUCAGGAACUUUUCCAGCUGAGCGAACUCCACGAGCUUAACAGCAACCAUGCCUCCCUCAUCAUCACUCAAAUUUCCCGUCUUGCUUCGGAAAAAAAGCUGGAAACGGAGAAUAUUGUGCGAGAUGAACGAUUCCAGCAGCUCAUUGGCAUCAUGGAUUCGCAGAUCUCACAGGUGUGGAACAACACCCUGGUGAACCUCCUGAAGAGCCUCUACUCCCUGGGGGUGCCCAGCAGCAGGCGGGAGAUGCAGUCGGUGGAGCAGGAGGUGCUGUGGCGGCUGCGGCGCCUCACCUUCCGCCAGCUGGCGUCCCUGGCCGAGUUCCUGGCCAUCAGACAGGGGAAGGACAACAAGCUGCUCAACGAAGUCAUCAGGAAGCUGGAGCUGCGUUGGACAGAGCUGGAGGGGACCCGAACGGUGGUGACGCUGAUGGGCAAAGUCGGGCACGUCUCCCCAGUGCUGAUGGACCGGCUGGAGGAUAAGGCUCUGGAACUCGCUGAACACUUCAACCCUGAUGAGACCCGGAAAAUCCUGCUGGCUCUGGCCUACCAGAACCGGCGCUGCGUGCCGCUGCUCCGAGCCCUGUCCUACCACCUCCUGCAGAAACACGCCGAGCUCAGCCUCAGCAUCCUGCUCGACCUCGUUUUUGCCUACGGAAAACUGAAUUUCCACCAGCCCCAGGUCUUCCAGAAGAUCGCCAGCGACCUGCAGCCCCACGUCCCCGCCAUGGCGCCCAUGGAGGUGACGCGCUGCACCCGCUCCUUCGCCCUCCUCAAGUGGCUCAGCCUGCCGCUCUUUGAGGCCAUCACACAGUAUGCCCUGGACAACCCCAAGCAGCUGUCGGUCGCCCAUCUCUGCGGUAUCAUCCUGUCUUUCGCCCGCCUGAACUUCCAGCCCAGCGGAAGCGAGGAUUUCUUCAACAUGGUGCACGAGGAGCUGCAGGGCCAGCUGGGCAGCCUGGAGCCGCAGAUGCUGACGGAGCUGGUGUGGUCGCUGUGCGUGCUGCAGCAGGCCAGGGCGCCCUACCUGCAGCGGGUGCUGGCGCCCGAGUUCCAUGCUCACAUCCGAGGUGAUCAGUCCCUCAAGGCCCAGAACUUACAGCUCAAGCUCAUCCACAUCAACGCCGCGGCCAAACUGGAAAACCCUGACUACAAGGGCCCAUUCCUGCCGCCGGAGCUGCUGAGCACCGUGCCGCUGGCCAGCGAGAGGGUGACCCAGCUGCAGAGCUGCCUGCGCGAGGCGCUGACGGGGCUGCUGGGGAGCCAGGACAACGGGCGCUUCGACGUCCGCACCCUCUACGGUUGGCACAUCGAUGCCGAGAUGGUGGUGACCAGUGAAAAUAAACCUCUCCCCGUGAAGGACUUUGCUGCUCCCCAUCUGCUCUGCGCGGAGGGGACGAAGCCUCUGCCGCCGGGUGCCAGGAGGGUCGCCUUCCUGCGCUGGGAAUUCCCCAAUUUCAGCAACAGGAGCAAGGAGCUGCUGGGCCGCUACGCCAUGGCCCGGCGGCACGUGCAGGCGGCCGGCUUCCUCGUGGUGGACGUUCCUCACUAUGAGUUCCUGGAGCUGAAGCUGGAGCGGCAGCGCACAGCCUACCUCAGGGACAAGCUGCACAAGGUCAUGGCCAAAGACAUGGCGAGUUAAACCGGCACCGCGCUACCCGCCGGCUCCGACAACGCUGCGCCGCGUCAGACACGUGCUUGAAUAAACGCGCCCUGUGCAGUGCUGCGGUUUGGGGGUGUCCGUGCUGGUUGACA